UCUCAGAGAUUGUAAUUACGGAUCGUGUCUCUGCUGCUUCUUCUUCUUUCAAUCCGAUUUCGGACAACCUUUUACUCAGACAGGAGAUUUCAGUUUUUUUCAGCUUUUCCUCCCUCUAGUGUGAAACUCUGCACCAGAGGUGAAAGGUUAUCAUUGCAAAAGGGAGCACAAGUGGAUAGUGUUUGCUCAAGUAUUAGUACAGAAACUAGUAUGGCUGAUACCAGUUCAAGGACUGAUGUCUCAACUGAUGGUGACACAGAUCAUAGAGAUCUGGGGGUUAGCUCGUAAUCUGGCUCUAAUCAUUUUAUAGUUUUAUUAUCUCUACAAUGUCACUCCUGGGAGGCUUGUACCGGAAUCCCUUGGUAAAACUUGGGGCAUUCUACCGGUAUAGCCAAAUCCACAGGACUAGUCAUUUGCUUAUGUUCAUCAAACAUGCAUAGUUUGAAUGAAACAGUAAUUCCUGAUGUUGAUUACAUGCAGUCUGAUAGAGGGCAUAUGCAUGCUGCUGCCUCUGAUUCCAGUGAUCGAUCAAAGGAUAAGUUGGAUCAAAAGACCCUUCGUAGGCUUGCUCAAAAUCGUGAGGCAGCAAGAAAAAGCAGAUUGAGGAAGAAGGCGUAUGUUCAGCAGCUGGAGAAUAGUCGAUUAAAGCUGACUCAACUUGAGCAGGAGCUGCAAAGAGCAAGACAGCAGGGAGUUUUCAUCUCAAGUUCAGGAGACCAAGCUCAUUCUACUGGUGGCAAUGGGGCUUUGGCAUUUGAUGCAGAACACUCACGAUGGCUUGAAGAAAAGAACAGGCAAAUGAACGAGCUGAGAUCUGCCCUGAAUGCUCAUGCAGGUGAUACUGAGCUCCGGAUAAUUGUGGAUGGAGUGAUGGCUCACUAUGAGGAGCUUUUCAGGAUUAAGAGCAAUGCAGCUAAGAAUGAUGUCUUCCACUUGUUAUCUGGAAUGUGGAAAACACCAGCUGAGCGAUGUUUCUUGUGGCUUGGCGGGUUCCGCUCAUCCGAACUUCUCAAGCUUCUUGCGAAUCAGCUAGAGCCCAUGACAGAACGACAGGUAAUGGGCAUCAAUAGCUUGCAGCAGACGUCGCAGCAGGCAGAAGAUGCUUUAUCUCAAGGGAUGGAGAGUUUACAGCAAUCCCUAGCUGAUACUUUAUCCAGUGGAACUCUUGGUUCCAGUUCAUCGGAUAAUGUCGCGAGCUACAUGGGUCAGAUGGCCAUGGCAAUGGGGCAGUUAGGCACCCUCGAAGGAUUCAUACGCCAGGCUGAUAACUUGAGGCUGCAAACACUACAACAGAUGCUUCGAGUAUUAACAACACGUCAGUCAGCUCGUGCUCUUCUUGCUAUACACGAUUAUUCAUCUCGAUUACGUGCUCUUAGUUCCUUGUGGCUUGCCCGGCCAAGAGAGUGAAACAGAAGAAUAGUGCUCUACUCAGCAGUCAGCCCUAUACAUAAUCUUAUGACUCAGAUCGGCAGGGAUACUCCUUCCAAGAGAUCGAUCACAAAGCAAGGCAUUCUCAGAUUCUUACCAAAAGCAAUAUUUUGGGAAAGAAGACUGCAGGUUUUGAAAUUGGUUUCCUGAGGUCCGCAAGACUCGAGUGUUGUGUGUGUUGUAAUUUUUAGCCAUCAGGUUGCAUAGUUUUAUAGAGUGAAUGUUUAUAGGUCUUUGAAUAUUCAAAGCGGAUAGGUGAUCAGUGUAAGGUCGCAAUUACCAACAUGACAGAAGAUGGGAUCCUUUCAGGAACUUGGAUUGUAUGAUCAUAAACUCCAGCAGACC